AAAAAGAUGGUGAGAGAAAAAAUUAAGAAGUAAAAAUAAUGAAUUGGGUGUAACUUGUAAGCCGAUGGUGGAGCGGCAAGCUUUGCGGCUAAUACAAGAAUUAGUUCCCAGAAAAAUGUUUGAAAAUCUGUGGCCGUCGAUUUUCGCUCUCAAAUCAUGGUGUUAAAGCCUAGGGUUACCAUCAAUACUAUCAGGCUGACGUUGAAUGGCAACAAUAUAAACCCACGGGUUGCCUUUACUUUCGUAUUCAUCACCAGAAAGACAGGAGAAGGGCUUCUCCAUGAGAUUGAAGUUUUUCCUUAAUCAUGUUGAGUGAAGAAGGUCUGCGUCUCUUCUACAUGUAUUGGUUCAGCUUCUCGUAGUGGGAAAAUAAUUCUCUUCACUCUGGCCGCUGCAACCACCUCAAAUUCUUCUCGCACCUACACAUGGGUGUGGGAUAAUGGAGUGAUUUCUCUUGGUGUUCUGAGGAAGUCAAGAUCAUCACACAUUUGGAGAUUGUGUCGUGUUUUAGAGGGUUUGUCGCUCGAUUAUGGUUAAGGUUAUUCUUGGCUAAAAACCGUCGAACUAUCUAUAUAUUUGCCUGUUGUUCAUUGUCUUGUAAGGAUUAUACUCUUGUUUAAGGCUUGUCAUAAGACGAGCGAGUCAGGUUAUGGCUAAUGUUAUGCAUAAUGCAAAUCUAGGCUAUCUGUGGAUGUAGUUUUUCAGUUGCUUCUCCGCAAUGGUUAGAUUUUUUUGUUUCCAUGCUCACAUCCAUAACCACAAACUAAAGAAAAUGGGUCAACCGUCUGCUACCGAGGAAAUGCCAAAGACACUCCAAGAUCUUUCUCCAAGUAAGGUCUCAGAGGAUGCGCCUCAGAUUACAAGUCCUAAUCAGUUGUUGGCAAAGACAGGGACUGCUAAACAAGAUACUAACAGUCCAAAUCACAUGGCUUCCAUCAUUGAGAAUAGCAUAUUGGUCAAUCAGACGUGCGACCUUAAGAAAAGUCAGUCUCUAGGAAGCAUGCCAUAUGGGGAUAGGUCAGUUGCUGCAGAUAAGGACACUGAAGAUGGCAUCAUAGACCAGGUAUUUUCCUGUGAUAGUUCCCAAUGUAGGUUUGAAAUUUCUGAUUCUGGAAAGGCUCGAGGGAUAAGCAUUUCCGAUCGGUUUAAAGACACCAUAGACUCGGAGUCUUUUCGUCUAAGUUCAGAUCCUGUUAUAUCAGAAGCAAUCUUCUCUACUGAUGACCUAGCAUAUAGAGAAAUGGAAGGUGGUGGAAAUGAUGGUUCUUCGUUGUGCAUUGAGAGUGUUGGUGAUACUGGGAAUCAUACACCUCACACCACACAAAUGAUUGUAAAAUCAUGUUCAAUGCCCAACUUUGAUGCUUCAUCACCUGUUUCUGGUGGUUGUUCUCCCUGUAACGAUAUGCUUUCUGAAGUUCUCCAACUCUUAGAUCCAGGGCAUGGAGCGAUGACACUUAAUGAGAUGGAAGUGCAGGAAAAUCGAUGCCAAUCAAGAGAAGAUAGUAUGCUCGAGACUGAGAAAAUUUAUUUUGAGAAUUUGUCAGAUGAUGGUAAUGAAUCUUAUCCUGCUAUAGUGGAAGACUGGAGAACACCAGUUGCAGAUGAAGUAAAUCCAAGGGAAACUCUACAAGGAGGAACUGUGGUUCAGCAGUUUGAUGAACCGCAGAGCAAUGAUUUCAAGAUUAAGCGAAUUGAGGAGUGGGUUAGCGAUCUUCAAAUUUGUAGCCCGGAUGAAACAACUGAAGUCUUUGAAUCUGCUGCUAAUGAAGUGGAAAGAGAACCUCAUAUCGAAACAGGUUCCAGUGCUGGACGAAUGGAUUCCAAAGCGACUGCGGGCAUGGAAGCUGCAAAGAGAUAUAUUUCUUCAAUGAAUGCAGCAGCCACUACUGCGCAGUUGGCAAAUCAUGGGUUGGCUGUGGUUCCAUUUCUUAGUGCAUUUGUAAGCUUAAAGGUGCUCAAUUUAUCAGGAAAUGCCAUAGGAAAGAUUACUGCUGGUGCUCUACCACGGGGGUUGCAUAGCCUGAAUUUGUCUAGAAACAAUAUCGCGACUAUUGAAGGCUUACGGGAACUGACCCGACUUCGUGCGCUGGAUUUGAGCUAUAAUCGGAUAUGUCGAAUUGGACAUGGCCUGGCUUCUUGCUCAUCGUUGAAGGAGUUGUAUUUAGCUGGAAAUAAAAUUAGUGAAGUAGAGGGUCUUCACCGGCUCUUAAAAUUGACCAUACUCGAUCUGCGCUCUAACAAGAUCUCGACGACCAAGAGUCUCGGCCAACUUGCUGCCAAUUACAAUUCUUUGCAAGCCAUCAGCCUGGAAGGAAACCCAGCACAGAAGAAUGUUGGAGAUGACCAGCUGAAGAAACAGAUGCAGGGCCUUCUCCCACAUCUGGCUUACUACAACCGACAAGCCACGAAAGGCAGUAUCCUGAAGGACGGUGCUGAUAGGUCAGUACGGCUAGGAAUAAGUAGCCAUCAAUUCGAGCAUGGAACCAGAAUAGAUCACAAGGGCGUGAGGAAGAUUGCUCAGAGUCACAGAAGUCACGGGUUGGCCUCGCCAAGACGAUCCAAGCUUCGGCAAGGACAUGCCUCUGCCCUGCCCCCUACUGGAACUGGAAGUAAAUCAAACAGUAGUAAUCGGCACCACCAUCAGGACAUUAGCAGCAGACAGAUCGAGUUUAUUAGAUCAAACUCCCAUAUGCGGCGGAGUCGAAGCGAGGGAACACUGGCAGAUUUUUGAGUUAAUACCAAGCACAAUGUACUUGUUGAAUGAGUUGAGCUAUGAGUGCUAGCAAUCUAUGGGGCUAGGCUAUCAUUGAUUUUGUUAAGCACAUUAGUGUCUUUUGAACUGUGUUGUUUCAUGUCGAAUAAUCUCAAGUCCACCGAUUCGAGGUGAUUUAGUUCAUUUGAGCAUUCAGAAUAUCAUAUUCAUCUCC